AUGAACAAUCCACUCAACACACAGAACCCCCCAGGACGCUGGGAAGAACCCCCAGUUCCCACCAUCACCGACAUCCUGACCUCGAAAAAGGACCACGGCGACGCCCAACUAGCCUACAAAGUCCUCGGCCUCCACUCCACCCCCGACCGCCCGGCCGCCGUCCGCCCGGACCUCAUGGACCUCAAGUACUGGUGCAACCGCGUCCUGGGCCGCAUCUGGAGCGAACACAGGAACAAGACGGGCACCUGGCCGGCGCCCGGCAGCGUCGAGCACCGCCGCAUCGUGGAGGCCAACAAGCGCCUCCUCUCCGCGAUCCGCACCGUCGCGGGCGCGCGCAGGCCGGGGCACCCGUACUGGUCGCCGUACCAGUGCGUCAGGGUCGAGAGGCCGGACGAUUUCCCGACCGACUUGGAUCACCGGACCUGGCCUACGUUGGGGUGCGUCCCGCUGCCGCUGGCGGCCUUUGAUGCGCAUUAUGAGAACGCGGAUGUGGAGGCGUUGAAGGAGGCGCAGGGCAGGACGGAGAGGGUGUGGAAGCCGACAAGGAAUAUGGUGUUGGAUAAGAGGCGGAGGGAGGAGGAGGGGAUGAUUGACGAGAUUGCGUGUUAUGGGUUCGAGGCGGUGCCGGGGUUUGUGUUUCUUGAUGAUAAGACGGAGGAGGAGAAGGAUGUGCUGAGCCACGUUUUUUAUGCUGGACCGACGCCGAAGAACGAGGAUAGUCUUUGGAAUUCUCUUGGGACAUUGCUCCAUUGCAACCCACUCAGAGGCAAAGAUCAGGGUCGACGUGCGCGACUGGGGCGAGAUGGACAUGCUGCGCUCCCUCUGCAAAACGACCCGGACUCGGGAUUGCCCAUGGACCCGGGCUACCACGAAAUGCUGCACGUCAUCGCGGACCUCCUCGACUGCGAAGUCAUCACCUUCACCCGCCCCGCCGGGAUGCCCGUCCUGAGAGAGAACGGCCUCGACACGAACCGGGAUAGCUUCCGGUACACCAUGCGCGUCUACGGCAAGCCGGCCUCGCAGUACGACUGCGCCAUCCUCUUCGGCUGGCGCAGACAGAUCCUCCUCGUCACGGACCCGGAGCUACGGCACUUCCAGCCCGUCAUCCGCGUGGAGCCCGAACUCCCGAUCUUUUGCAAACCCGACGGGGAUUACACGAUGCGCCGGGCGCGGGCUCUACCGACGGACGCAUUCGAUCCCUGGGACCGCUUCGCGCCGAUGCCGUGGUGGCCGGGGUGGGCGCGCGACGCGGACGGCGAGGUGAUGGGGGACUGGGAGGACGAGGACGAGCGGCGGGAUUUCUCGGCGCGGCAGCUCGCCGACAUGGCGCCCUCCGACAUCACGACGGGGCUGCUGCACCCGAGUAUCAUGCUUUGGGGGAGUAGGCAGGCAUUGAGUCCGUACGGUUAUUUGAGCGACCGGGAACAGGCCGAUUAUGAAGAGUGUUCUGACUGGAAGGGUUUCUUUGACGGGGACGGCGACCCGUUGAUGGGUGCUCUGGAGCGGGUGGAUGUCGGGGUGAUGGACGGGUGGCGGGGACCGGAGCCGGCGGCGGGCGCGCCGGGUGAUCCGGUGCCGGAGGUUGAGAUGAUGAAUGGGAAGAUGGUGGUGGCUUCGGCGGGGACGGAGAAGAGUGUGUAUAAGUCGAGGAGUCACUGCGAGGGGGUGAAGAGGACGUUGGAUAUGUAUCUUGAGGAUGAGGUGUCGGCGGUUAGCCAUGGGGAUCCCAAGAUUUACGGGUAUUUGAAGGUUUUGUUGACGGAGGAUAGGGAUCGGCGACCGGUUUGGCAUAAGAUGAAGAGGAGGUGA